UGUCGUCUUCUUCUCCUUCUUCUUCUUCCCACUUGCCAGAAAUCAAUGGCAGCAACAACACCAUUUGCCCCAACACUCAACUGAGAGAGGGAGAGAGGGAGAGAGGCAUAGGCGCAUUAGCAUUUCCCCCUUUGAUUUUAUUUUGCUGGUGAAAAAUGGAUCCAUGCCCAUUUGUGCGGGUCACAGUGGGCAAUCUCGCUCUCAAGAUCCCCGUCGCCUCCAAGCCCGCUCGCUCCGUCGUUCACCCUUCCUUCUCCCCAUGCUUCUGCAAGAUCAAGCUCAACAACCUCAACCUCCCCCCUCGCCUCCAAGCCCGCUCGCUCCAUCGGGAUGGGUUCCAAGGAUCGGGAUGGGGUUCUAGGCGUUGAAUGGGUUCCAGAUGAGAGAGAUGUGACCAUGACGUUAGCAUGGAGUCAGAUGAGCCGUCUCCUUCCUCUGUCGAUUUUAGGCCGGCCUGUGGACUGGCUUGGGCUGGGUGCUAGUCUAUUCCACGGGCUGGAGUGGAUUGACAGGGUCCUAGCCUGGUUUUUUGACUGGGUGCUGGGCUAUUCCACCUCCGGUGGAACUGCUCUAAAGAUCUUCGGUGGCCUUUCGGCUGUCAAUUCUUGUAAAGAUUGCCGGAAUUCUGAGUCUGGCGAGCUCCAUCUCUUUGACAGGUUCUGGUUCAAGAUUGAAGAAACUCUCAGGUUCAGAAUGUUUGUUGUUUAGGGGCCAGCCUUUCUGGCGUUGUGAACAUGCUUGUCAUGGCUUCAAAUCACCACGGUAUAGGUUUUACAAUUGUUGAUACUGACAAAUUAAAGAUUGAGCUUGGAAUAAUGUCUGGAAUGGUGUGCCUGAUGCUGCAUUGCCUUUUGAGGAGCCUCAUCUGAGAGACUUGUUGAAUGAUGCCAAACACUCUCAUAAUGUCUGUUUUGUAUGUGAUGAAACGACAAAAGAUGAAGGAAUCAUAAAGAGGGCAAAGAUGGUCUUCAUUGUUGUUGAGGUACCCACAAAGCCUUAGGGUGUAGGUGCUAAAAGUUCAUUAGACCUCACACGUUGGGAAGCAGCUAUGAAAUUUGUGAUGAUUGAAUCAACUCUAAAUAGAUAAUAGUUGAGAAAUCCACCCUGCCAAUUGAUGUAAUAGAAAACCACACCCAAUGCAUAUUGGCGCAAAAUCCGCUUGGUACCCAGUUUUCAGUGUUUUAUAACCCGGAUUUCUUAUCACAAGGCACUGCUGUUCACGACGUGAGAAACCCAAGCCAUAUUGCUAUUGGAAUAGUUUAGGGGGUAAUGUCAACGUGUUGCAAGAGUUAUAUGAAAAAUGGGUUCAAGCUGAUAGAAUUAAUGUCCUACGUGAUUACAAGGCUGUUGUGUUGGUCAAAAUUGCAGUUAAUUCAAUUCUUGCAAUGAAAUACAACAUAUUGAGGACGAUAUCGGAACUGUCUGAAUUAGUUCAUACCAACUUUGAAGAUGUGGAAGAGGUCAUUAGAAUGGACAGGAGAGUUGGACUUCACAUUGAUUCGAAUCUCGGAAUUGGAGAGCAGUGUCUUACCAACGACUUGUACUACUACAAAUAUAUUCUCCACCAUCACGGCUUGAAGGAAGACUCGGAAGUAGUUCACAAAAUCAUUAAAUUGAAUGGUGAAAGUACAAGUUUAUUGCUACGAUGAUUAGGAGUAUGGAGACAAUAAGAAAUAAGAAGAUUGCUGUAUUGGAGUUUCCUACAAAAAGAAUGCAAACAAUGUGUGAAACUCAACGGCAAUCCAGAUUUGCAAAUGUCUGUCGAAAGAAGGAUGCGAUAAAUUAACGAUUUAUGAUGCUAAAGCAAGAAGAGAAGACAUAGUACGAUCCCUGCUAUGGAGAGCAGUCUUUAAUAAGAGGGUAGAGAUUGUUGUAGAGGCUCACAGAGCAUGGGAAGGAGCUCAUGCAAUUGUGUUUUUCGUCGAUUCAUAUGAGUUUGAAGAAUUACCCUGGGGAGAUAUUCAUGAAACAAUGGGCAAACCACCAUUUAUUUUUGUGGGAUGCAAUCUAAAUCUGAACACCGUUAGGACUCUGGGAUUCAAUCAGACCUAGAGGUAAUUUCCAAUAAAUUUUAUUUAAACCCAUAUUUUAUCUAAUGGUGUCGAAUUAGAUUGUAUCCCACAAAAAUAAAUGGUGGCUUCUCCAUUGUUUCAUGAAUAUCUUCGCAGGAUAAUUCUUCAAACUCAU